AGCUGUGUGCAGCGUUCCUGCAAAUGUAAAUCUUUGAGCUGAUCUGAAUUGUCGGAAAGUGUAUGGUUAGGAUUUACUGUGUAUAUGCUAUUUUGACAGAUAUUUUCUGUUUGAAAUGUUUAAAUUGAAAUUAUGAAUGUGUAUUAUAUAAUAGUAACAUGAGUGAACCAAUUGUGUUUGAAAGCAAAAUAUGCUUGUUGAAACUACUGUUUUCAAUUUUAAAAAUUGCCUUCAGUGAAACUGUACGGUAAAACAUUUCCUUGCUUUAAACCUAUAAAAUAACAUAUUACAAACAGACUUAAUUUAGCCUACAGUACAUGUGAUACAUUAUGUGUAUUUCAUAAUCUAGUUUUGCUUAGUAACAUUGACUUGUACCUUAAUCAACUGCUUUUAUUAUGGCAACUCGGUCUUUGACUGAUGUUUUUGUGUUAAUGAGAAACAAUGCAUCCCAAAACCGUCAUAUUUAUUCAGAACAACAACUUAGUGAUCGUAUGGCCUUGGUGGGGGAUGUGGAAGGUGGAAUGGAGCUGCGAAGGAGCGACUCAUCUCGAUUGCCUCCAAUAUGGGCAGAUAGUUUGGAGGAGAGCCACUAUGCCAUGUCUCGGCUCCGGAAUAAACUGAAGGAGUUGGAAGCACUAUAUGAGAAACAUGUGUUAAGGCCUACACUUGAUGAUUCUUCUGAUGAGGAACAACAGAUUGAGAUCUUGACACAGGAGAUUUCAAGAAUGUUUGCGGCCACGCACCGUCUUGUACAACAGAUCCACCAGCAGAGUGGUGAUGCCACAUCCAAGAUGGAACAGCGACUCUCAUACAAUGUAACGGCCUCUCUCGUGGCUUCGCUGCAAGACCUCUCUACUACAUUUAGAAAACUCCAGAGUUCCUACUUGAAAAAAAUAAAUAUGCGAGAGGAAACUUCUCGGUUGUUCUUCGACACGGAAAUGACUGUGACACCCCAACAUAGUUUGGACUGGGAGAUGGAUAAUGAGAUUGACAACCUAGACAGAGCCUUCAGCCAGUCGACAACUGGUGGUGCGCUAGCACAGACACAGGCACAGCUGUUAUUGCUGGAGGAGGAGAAUACACGGAUAGCGGAGCACCGUGAGUCAGAGGUGCGACACAUUGUCAAGUCUAUCAUCGACCUCAACGAUAUCUUUAAAGACCUCGCCCACAUGGUUGCCGAUCAGGGUACGGUCUUGGACAGGAUAGAUUACAACAUAGAGCAGACACAGGUUCGAGUACACGAAGGCUACCAACAGCUCCAGAAAGCUGACAGGUACCACAGGAAGAACAGAAAGAUGAUGUGCAUCCUCAUCCUGAGUGCUGUUACAAUGCUACUGACUUUCAUACUCAUUAUUACCAAGUUUUAGGAGGUGUACUUGAGCUGGGCGUUACGUGUAAAUAUAUAAGAUAUUAAGUAUGCUUUUAGAGUAUGUUAGCUUUUGUAAUAAAUGUUUUAUACAACUUGUAUGUAUUGUGUUGAUCACUGUAGAAAACAAUUUUAAAUAAUAAUAUGUAAUGGCUGAAAAUCAAUCAAACUUAAAAUAUUAAACGUUUUUAUUUAGUUGUAAAUAUAGUCUAUUAUUAUUUAGAAAACAUGUUUUGGUUCAUUUUAUAAAUUCUCUUAAUCUGUGCUUAUUAACUUUUUACAUAAUAAUUAAAUAAAUUGUUUACAUAAUAUAUUUUAAAUUUUAAAAUUGAAGCUAUAAAUUGUUUGUUUAGCAAAUAAAUAAUCCCCUCCCCCUGUACUUGUCACAGUGUACUUACAAUGUACUAUUAUUGUAACUUAGUUGUAUUUUUCUCCUUUAAUUUUUGUAAGUAGCUGUUCCUAUCCUUUAUUAAAACUCGUUCAAAUGUAUUUUCUUGUAAAUUAAAUAAAAACAGAAUUACAUUAUAAAAAGCUAAACUUUGUAUUUUGGCUUUGGUAUUUAAAAGUAUUUAUAUAAUAAGCAAUGGUUAAUUGACGUAAUAGUAAUAAUAAAAACAGUCUUCUGCCUACCCAAAUCCAAUAUACAGCCAAUUGUCGAGCCAGUUACUGUGGUUUAUGAGUUAUCACGCAAAUAUUCAUCAUCCCUCAGAAAUGUUAGUAUUAACGCCUUUACCCGGCUGUAGUUGAUUUUUUUAUGCAUUAAACUUGUUGCAAUAUUAACUCUUUUAGUAACUCUAUUUUUGAUUUGUUUGAAUAAAAACUAGUACCAAUAGACAGAUGAAGAUCAAUUAUUUUAUACUAACACAACAUUCUAUAAACUAUGUUGUAUAUUUUACCAGGAAUUUAAUGUUUAUAUUUCUGAUAGCUGUUUACUUUUAUAUUUUUGGCAGUUGUAUGUUUUUAGUUUGUACAAAAACAGUAAUUAAGAAAACAUUAACAUCUUGAAAUAUUUAAUAGUACAUUUUAAAACUACAAUAUGUGUGUCCUCUAUAUAAAUACUCUAGCUAAAAAUAUGUUUAUCAGAAUUGUGAGUAUUUAUUCUGGAAUUUUAUUUCUUGUAAAAACAAUAAAUAAUGUUUGUUGCUAAAACCCCAAUACUCUUCAUUUGUUCUUUUUUCAUAUUUGUAAUUUGUUACAAAAAUAACAUUUAUGCAAGAAAUACCAAAGUUUAGUUAUAUAAUUUUUUUUUUAAUUUUGCUGUUUUUUAUCAUUUAUUCACAAUUACAAUUUUUAUAAAAAGAUUCUUGGUAAUUUCCAAGCGAAAUAUUCUCUAAGACUUUUUUAUAUUUAAGGUUUUAUUAAAUACAAAGCAUUUCCUAAAAAUGUGUUACCAACAUUUAGGAAAACAGUAUUCCUACUUUUUAAAUCAUUUUCUCCGUAAGAAUUAGUCCUUUGUCUUGAACCAGUAAUGUUUCUAACAUUAUAGGUUCAAUAAGAGAAGAGCAAUGAUUGUUACGAAAAACUUAUAGUCACUAAAAUCCACUUGCCAUUUUAAGAAAAAAGAUAACCAGCAGGAUGUUUGGCUAUUCAGUAUCAGCCUCUGCUUUUGUAAACUAAUUUUUAAUGUUUUGAUUAGCUAUAUACCGAAAUGAAAGUGCAACCGUUUUCUGCAGACACUUGCCUUAUAAUUGAAUAACACAAUAAGUAAAUAAUUAUAUCAAAGGUUACUCAGUAGUUGCUUAUUUGCAAAAGUUAUUAAUAAGGAAAUUUGUCUUGACAAAUUUUACAACAAGCAAAAUUUACUAGUGUUCAUUUCAAGUCAUUUUUAAGCUGAAAAUGUUCUCCCAUUAACAAACUAUUUUACACAAAGUUUCACUAUUAUUUCUCUUAGAAUUUCCAAAACUCCACUUUUCAAUUUGUACUCAUUGUGUAUUAGUGUGAAGAGAGAAAAUUAAUAGUUUAUUUAUACCUCUAACUCUAUUAUUAGAUUAUUUUUUUCAAAAAUCUCAAUACAUCGAUUUCUUGAAACAUUAGAGAGAAGAGUGUAUGUAAGUCAGUUAUUUCCAACUCUUUAUGAAUACUCUCCUUCUUAUCUUCUAUAUUCUCCGCUCCAUAACCCUAAACUUGUUGUCUUUAUUUGAAAGUUGAAACUGAAAGUUAAUUCCCGUUUAUACUUAGCUUAGGGUGAAGUAGUUUUUGUACCAUGCUAAGUUUUUUAGGUUUUGUUAUUUAAUUUAAAUGUGUAAAUAAAACAAUGCCAAACAAUGACAAUUAAUACUGUAUCUGAAUUUUGUUUUGUUUUGAUUAUUUAGCCAUCAGAAAUUAAAUACUGAACAAGUAAAAUUUUGUUACCAUACUAUUGUUAUGUACUCUAUGUGUGUGUUUUAAGCCUGUUUUGCCGGCAAAGUUAUUGUUCUUUACUUAAUUUACUUCCUGUUCAUAUAGUAUUUAUAUGAAUUUAAGUGUUAUUGUUGCAAAAUGUUGAAAAAAGGAAUAACUAUAGAAUUAUAGGUAAACCGCUUACAAAAAAACCUUGGUUGAUUUAAAUUCACGCAGGGUGGGGUAAAUACUCCUCCGGCGCCCCUCCAAGUAUCCCACCACUGCUCGGCGCUUACUCUAUUUGAUCAGCUGACUAAUCCGGCUCAGUCGGUAUCGUUCACUACUGCGACCCGUUCAGUUGAACCGGUCAAUACAGAGUUACUAAGCCUUCCCGCUAGAGCAUGUUUUAACGGUCAUCGUGUUCAACAAAAUGAACAACUGAACGGAAUGACCAAGUGAAUGAAAGGAUCCGCUUGCAAAAAAGUGUUCGAAUAGAGGAAGAAACAACAUAUCUUACAAAGAAUGGAUAAAUAUAACAAUAAAUGUAUUGUUUCAGGAAUCUAAUAAAUGUAAAUAUAUAUUAUUAUUACAACUGAUUAAAAAAAAAAAAAAAUUGUAUGCUCAUGAUCAGAGCCUACGCACAGGCCCUAGGCCUAUGUAGGCUCUUCCCAGUUAUACUACUCUUCUUUUUUAAACUUUUAAUUGAAUUAAAUAGAAUUAUUACAAGGUUUAUAUAAUAAGAAAUAAUUAACUACGUAUAAGUACCGUAUUGUUACACUCUAAUACUUGGUUUCAGACGUUGUAUGUAUGUGCAUACGUUUGUUGCAAUUCGUGUAUAUGUAUAUAUGUUUUAUUGUACUAUUUUUGGGAAAAUAAACCAUUUUCAUUUCAUUUUAUAUACCUGAUUUGGAAAAAAUUAUCAAAUUUAUUCAGUUUCUGGCAAAAUUGAACAAAACUUUCAAAGUAAACGGGUCUUUUGAAACACUCUGAUCCGGAUCACUCGUGCACCUGACUGGCCUGUUCGAAUUGAACGACACAUCUCUAAUGGCCACUGCCACUGCACGGCUAACCUCAAAACAAAAUGCAAGCGAUUAAUAUAUCUAUGGCUACACUAAUCUGUUCAAUUAAUGUUUUACGCUUAGACUUCGACACUUGUAUAUGCCUACACAAAAAAUAUAUAGUUAUAGAACAGGUAAAGUAGCUGCAGUGUAAACAAAACUGUUAGAGCGAGACACAAUCCACACAGCUGAUAAACAGAUACAAGAAGGUGCUGGUACCACUCCCCACCCAACUCCACCUCGGAGGGGGGCCCCUCCUGCGCGGUACUGCUUAGAAAUUUGCUUCUGCGCAGGUUUCUUUAAUAGCGGUUACUUUAUUAUAUAUAAGUAAUAAAAAAUAUAAGUAUUUUUAGGCAAAAUAAUGAACUAAUUUUGUGUUCAGUUUAAAAUAUAAUAGUGGUAAAAUUAAAUAGUGUGACCUAGUUUUAAAAACUUUAACCCAGCCACAAUCUAGUCCAUUACCAUUGUCUGUGGUCCUCGGAGGUUAAAAACUCAUGGUCAUUUACUGUCCAAAAAAUACUGAUAUUGCUAAAAUAUAUUGCAAUCCAUAAAUAAACAGAUGUAAGUGGACAUAACUUACAGAACAAACCAUAUACGAGUAUGUUAAUUAAUAAGACUAUUGUUGUAGUUUUAAAUGUGAUAGAAAUAUUUAUUUAUUAUACAGAUAAUAUUUGUUGUUUAUUAUAGUUAUAAGAAGUCAGUAUUGUAUAUAAUGAUGCUUUAAUUUUUAAUUAUUUUUGUAAAUAAAAUAAUUUGUUCAAAAUA